AUGGAGAUUGAAACUGCAAAAGGAAGUGAUAAUCUAAGUGAUGACUUUGAAGAAGUAGGUCCUUCUAAGCGAUUUAAGGGGGUUGGAUAUCCCUCUCCUACUAAGGAAUCCGAGGUUCAGCAUUUGUCUCAUGCAGCAACUCCCAAGGGGAAGGAGAAGAAAUUGAAGGACAGUUUGUCCUCUGAAGAGAGCUUGCAGAACACAGAGCUGGAAGCGGAGACUGCAAAUGAAAGAGUGGAUGUACCUUUAAAAAGAAGUGUUGAUCUUCCCUCAGAUGUAGGGCCUUCUACUAUGACUGAGCCAAAAACAUUUGAAUGUGCAGAUCCAGAUUUUAGUGAUUUUGACAAGGACAAGGAAGAAUCUUGCUUUAAGGUUGGCCAAGUAUGGGCUGUUUAUGAUACUCUGGAUGCCAUGCCUAGAUUCUAUGCAAUCAUCAGGAAGAUUUUAUCUCCUGCAUUUAAGUUGCGCAUAACUUGGUUAGAGCCGGAUCCAUUGAAUGAAGAUGAAACCAAAUGGCUAUCUGAGGGCCUUCCAGCUUCUUGUGGUAGGUUCAGACUGGGAAACUUAGAAGACGUUGAAGAUCAUCCUAUCUUCUCACAUUUGGUAUGUGCAAUAAAUAGAAAUAGCUAUGGUGCCAUAAAGAUAUUUCCACAGGAAGGAGAAACUUGGGCCAUCUUUAAAGAUUGGGAUAUGAACUGGUGUUCUCGUCUUGAGAGCAAGAAAAAGUUCAACUAUGAGUUUGUUGAGGUCUUGUCAGACUAUGCUGAUGCUAUUGGUGUGCAUGUUGCAUACUUGGUUAAAGCAAAAGGCUUCACUUGUCUUUUCCAUCGAGCAGGAGACCCAUUUCUAGUUCCUGCAAAGGAGAUGCUUAGAUUCUCUCAUAGAGUUCCUUCUUUUAAGAUGACAGGUAUGGAGAGGGAUGAUGUUCUUGAAGGAUCCUUUGAACUAGACCCUGCCUCCUUACCUCCUGAAAAAGUAGGCGUUUCUGGUGAAUCCAUAGACCAAAGAGCGACAGCUAAUUUCAUUGAUUCUGUAAAUUCUGCUGAAAACUUGGUUGCAUCAGUACCUAAUCAGGUUCCUGAACCCGAAUUUUACAGAUUUGCUGCUGAGAGAUCACCGGAGAAAUUUCAAAUUGGUCAAUGUUGGGCGAUAUACAGCGAUGAAGAUAAAUUGCCCCGGUACUAUGGGCAGAUAAGGAAGAUAGAUCUUCUCCCUGAGUUUGUGUUGCAUGUGGCAUGGUUUUAUGCGUGUCCACUCCCUAAAAGUACAAUACAGUGGCAUGAUAAAACAAUGCCAAUUGGUUGUGGACUGUUUAAGUUUCGAAACACUAAGCUAAACAAAUAUACUGUAACCAACAACUUUUCACAUGUAGUAGCAGCAGAACUUGUGAAGAGGGGACUAUACAAGAUCUUCCCUGGAAAAGGUGAAGUUUGGGCAGUAUACAAAAACUGGAGUCCUCAGCUGAAUGGUAAUAAUCUAGAAGAUUUUGAAUAUGAGAUUGUUGAAAUAGUGAAUGUUUCUGAUAAUUCUGUAGACGUGAAGUUCUUGGUGUGGGUAAAAGGCUUCAAGUCUGUCUACAAGCCUCGAGUGGAAGAACAAGAAGAGACUGACGGAGUGUUGAAAAUAUGUGUAUCCGAGCAUCUCAGGUUUUCUCAUCGAAUUCCUGCUUUUCGCCUGACAGAAGAGAGACGUGGCAGUUUGCGAGGUUUCUGGGAGCUUGAUCCAGCAGGAAUGCCUCUGUAUUUACCGUCUACAGAUUGA